CGAGCUGUGGUCUUGUUUUUGGCCUCCUGCAAGCUUGCUUCGUCAUCUGAGAGUCGCAUCGAUGCUCCAGGUUGCUGCGGUUUUAAACUGAGCGCGAACGCGCCAGUUACCGGAGCGCUAGGUGCCACAGAGCAAAUACUGAGAGAGAACCGGUUGCCGCAGCGCUGGACGCCGCAGAGCAAUGAGCUCCUCCUGGACAUGUAAUCAAUGCACCUACGUGCAUUCUGACGCCGAGGCGCAGUUCCUCUGCUGCGCCAUCUGUAGCGCAGAACGGCCGAAGGCGAUCGCUCCUGCGUCGGCACAGGCCGCGGCACCGGCCCCGGCGCCGGCCGCCGCGAGACCGCGCGCGAAACCGCCGGUCGGGGCCAAGCCGCGCGUGAGCCUGAGCCUGCAACGCCCGGGGCCCGCGACGACGCGACCCGCGCCGCCGCCGCCGCCGGCACCGACGCCCCCGGUCGACGAGGCCGACGCCGCCGCGCCGCCCACAACCGCAAAAAAGAAGCCGCUCGCCCCGCUCUUCCUGCCCAAGAAGCGCCCGGCGCCGCCCCCCAAGGCGCGGGCGCCGCUCAAGGCGCCGCGGACGGCCGCCGCCUGGCCCAUACAAUCCCAGAGGACCGUCGCGCUGCGGUUUUCGAUGGCGCGGGACGGCGAGGGCCGCGUGCGUGCCUCGAUCGAGCGCGGCGGGCCGCAGGCGCCGGCGGCCGGCCGGCGCCGCGUCUUCGAGGCAGAGCGGACCUGCAAGUUGGCGCUGGCGCACGAGGGCAAGGCGGCCUGCGACGUGAAAAUCCACCUGACGCUCGACACUGCCGGUGAAGACGGCGCGGCGUGGCGCGACCGGCGGACCUACACGGGCGCCAGGGCCGCGGGCGGCCUCGGCCUGCUCCAGUCGCACCUCCAAAAGUGCGUCCGGCGCGGGAACGUGGACCUGGCCGUGCGGUCGGCGCACGAGCUGGCCGGCAUCACGUAUGCCCCGGCGUUGCGUGAAGGCGCCUUCGCUGCCGCGUCGGUGGCGUAGACGCGUCGUGCCCGACGCAGGUUUGGACCGACGGACCCCGCGGGUAUUAAGAUGCUCGUGCGGCGCCUGCCGGUCAUCGCCGUCGAGGACUCCGCGGCGCUCCCCUGUAUAGUGCCAGCCGUCUGGUACAUGAUGGCUUUGUCGCCGACCGAGAAGUCGCCCGCGACGUACAAGCCCACUGCACAAGACGUCCUCGUCCUGUGCGCGUGUGCGGCCCAGCUCGCGGCGCACGGGAGCCGCGACCGGUUCCCGCCGCCGCGCAAGGGCCGCAACGAGCUGCCGACGGACGGCGUCAACCUCGCGCUGCUGAUCCGCGCGGCCUACGGCGGCAUGAAGGGCGACGUCGCCAUGCUCAGGGAGCGCGCGCACGCCGCGGCGCCGGACGAGACUAGUCCGUGGCUCGCGCCCGUCGCCGCGCCGCCCGCCCUGCGUCCGGGCGACUGGCUGCUCGAGGGCGUCGACUUCCACCAGAAGGGCGGCGAGAUCCUCGGCCGCAUGCGGGCCAAGGACAUGGCGCUCCAGUCCGUGACUGUGCUGAAAUCGACCCCACGCCAUCGAGCUGCCGCAGUUGCGGGGACGACGUCGCGUCGAUGGCGUGGGGCGUCCGCAAUUUGAUUUCCGCACAGGUUCGUGUCCGACGAGGAUCUGAAGAAGUGGAUCUGGCAUACGCGGUCAAAAUGCAACCGUCGCGACGCGCCGCGGGAGCCGUCGGCGCCGCCGCCCUGGGCCGACGCGGCCGCGCGCGCGGCGGACGCGGCGGCGCGGGACAUGAUCGCUGGUGCAUGGCGGGGGUAG